UUACUCUAUUGUUACUUUGUAACAAACCGGGGCAGAGGCGAGGAAAAGGAGGACGUCAAUCUGGCAAAAAAUUCCGUAACAUUUUGACAUUACUGUACCAACAAGGCGAAGAACGUAACGGUCAUUAUACUUGAAGAAAAACUGCAUCGAUCCGAUUGAAACCACCAUUGCAAAGAAAGGAUAAACGAAACAGAUGUCAGCGGAUUGCUCUUCCAAUGCAAGCAUUUAAAGGCUCAAACCAGGAAGAUAAGUCAUCCAGCAGAUAUCUCAAAUUGUAACGUCUUAAACGAAACGGAUAAUGUCAGUAGGCUAAUAAAUUUCAACUAAACUGUUUGACGUCCUUCUUUCCCACCGCCUGCCCCGGCUUUAGGAUUGCUACGUCAAAGUUAAAUGGAACAUGCACUCCUGGAAGCGACCAUAAAAUAUAUGUCCUUUAUGUAGUCAGUUAGUUCGUUACACUAUUUCUGCAUUAGUAGUCUGACUAUCACAUAAAUAAGUAUUCAUACUGAAUAAAUUAACAAUUCAUUUUACUGUAAAAAGCUUUAGCCUACAACUAGAGAGAAGCUAAAACUGUCUGGGGAAAAAUCUAAAUAGGGCGUUACAAGAUCCAAGAACAAUCCUCGGUGAAUAAAAGGAACGUUCAGCGUUUUGAUCGGGAGAAGAGGGUCCUUUUCUGCCGAAGACAUCAAGUUUCCAUGGAGGCAGUUUCGUCUCUCAGCCUCAAGCGAAGAUUUGAGGAGGUGGACAGUGGCUCUCCCUACUCUACACCAAAGGACUCUGACGAUGAAAUCUCCAGCAGUGACAGUGCUGACAGCUGUGAUAGCCUUAACCCCCCCUCCAGCACUGCACUCACACCAACCUCCAUCCUAAGACGGCACAAGCCCUCUCCAGGCCGGAAGCGGGUGCGGUUCGAUGUGGUGACGGUGUACUACUUCCCCAGACGGCAGGGCUUUACCAGCGUGCCCAGCCAGGGGGGCAGCUCCCUAGGCAUGGCACGCCACCACUGCUCCAUCCGUCGAUACACACUGGGAGAGUUCGUCCGCGAGCAGGAGACCAGUCACCGCCACGCCCUGCGCCAACACCUCCGCCAGGAGAAGCUCAAUGCUCGCAAGAUCAAGCUGACGCGUAACGGUACGGUGGAGUGUGCCCAGGCUGACCUGCUGACCCUGGAGGACGUGUCAGACGACGACUUGGAUGUAGAGGGUGUGGAGGUGGACGACUGCUUCUUCCUGCAGCCGCUUCCCACAAAGCGGCGUCGGGCACUGCUUAGGGCCUCUGGUAUCGCCCGUAUAGAUGCCCGGGAGAAGGCUGAGCUACGGACCAUCAGGCUUUCCAGGGAGGAAUGUGGCUGUGACUGCCGUUUCUACUGUGACCCCCGUCACUGUGGCUGCAGCCAGGCUGGCAUCAAGUGCCAGGUGGACAGGAUGUCUUUUCCCUGUGGCUGCUCUCGUGAUGGCUGUGGGAACUCGGCAGGCCGCAUCGAGUUCAACCCUCUCCGCGUGCGAACACACUACAUGCACACCAUCAUGAAGCUGGACCUGGAGAAGAGGAGGCUGCUGGGGCAGAAGGCAGGGGUCGGGGGGGAACAGUAUGCAGAGUCUGACCUGCUCACCUCCCCUUCCUCCACCAGGCCUCCCUCCCCAGACCUUGACCUGUCCACAGGGGCCCAUGGCCUGGACUCUGAGUUAGAGGAGAGAGAGGUCCAGAUGGUCCUAGAGGCUCAGGACCUCCUGACUGACCAGGCCUGCCUCGAGCGGGAGAACGAGACCGCUGUGCUCCACCUGCAAAGUGCAGAGGAGCAGGACAGGAUGAGGGAGGAAGAGGAGGAGGAGGAGGCGCAGCGGGGCAGGGGGGGAGCAGGGGGCCUGGGGGAGCAGGCUUUGUGCCUUCUGCCUGGGGCCCUGCAGGGGGAGAUGCCUGGGGACACAGGGGUUGGGGUGGAGGAGGGGGUCCCUAUCUCCCUCCUCCAGGGCCCGUUCCCCACUGGGGCUACCCUGCUCUGCAUCACAGAGAACCAGGAGGGAGAUGGGGAGGGGGACAACCCCUGUGGUGGCCUCAAAGACCCGGCCUCCUCCCUGCUCUACUACCAGAUAGGUCCCAUGGAGAACGAGACGUUUCAUAAGUCUCUGCCUGGGCAGGAGGAGGCGUGUGUAGAGCGAGAACCAGGGGGAGGAGAGCAGCGAGGGAGGGAUGAGCAUGGAGGCAAUACCUGCGGGCAGGAUGAGGGUGAGUUUUCGCCCCCGGUGGCUCUGUGCUCAGAGAAUGGCGUGGGUGCUAAGGAGUUACCAUUCAGCCCCCAGCAAAGCUCCUUAGAAGGGCAGUGUCAGGAGGAGGCCUGCCUGGCCACAGAAGGAGAGUUGUACCCACCACUGCCCCCUGAGGUUUAG